AUGGCCACCAUCAAUCAAAUACUUCUUUUCGGGAGCGCUAAUCUCUGCCGUCAAAUACUGGAGACGCGAAACGUCACUAUCCCCAGGACUACGCUGUCGUGGAAGAACUUUAGCAACUCACGGCCGUAUGACAAGCGCGUAUCCAUUGCGCAGAUUGCCAUAGACACGAUUCUACCUCAGCUGGACAAUGCCACAGGGGAAUUCAGCGGUAACGAUGGUGUGCCAGGAAUUGGGUAUUGGCAAUCCGGGAAUGUCUUUUCCGUGAUGGCCAUUCAAGAUUGGCUCGCAGAUACGACGACGAACAAAGCUCUCGUUGAAGACAACUUGGAACUGGUUUGGGGUUUAUGGAGGACUAUGAUCAAUACGGGGUGA